AUGCCCACUUUUGAAUACGAGGAUUCACUUCCAAAACUCCCACUACCGGAAGUUCAGUCGACUAUUGGGCAAGCCUUAUUGGCUGUGAAGCCGUUGAGUUCCCCGGAGCAAUUCGAAGAUCUUGAAAAGAAAGCACAGGAAUUUGUCCAAUCAGAGGUGGCACAAGUCAUCCAGAAGCAUUUGAAACAGUCGUAUGAUGAAAAUUCAAGCUAUCUAGAUUGCUCAGCAAUCUCUCCAGCUACUGGAACAGUUUAUGGAUCAUUGAGAAGCCAAACAUUGCCCAGAAACCCAUUCUUCAUUCUUGAAGAUGAUCCUCUCAAAAACUUUACACCUUCACAAUCAUUUCGGGCUUCACUUUUUACAGUUUCUGCAUUGAGGUUUCUUCGUGCCCUCAGGGAGAACAAGCUAAGUCCAGAUUUCACACCAUCUAAAAACAGAAAAGCUCUCACAAUGAACUCGUAUUACAACAUUUUUGGAACUACGAUGGUUCCGCAUGACGAAACCAGAGGCAUUGGCAUACAGAUUAAGAAAUACCCCUCUUCAAGACAUAUAAUUGUCAUUUCAAGGGGUCAAAUUUACUCGCUCGAGGUCUUAUCAAAGGAGACAGGCCAGAUCUGGUUCUCCAAAUACGAGUUAACAAAGAGAUUCAAAGAAAUUUUAGAGGAUUCAGCAAGCACUGAUCCUUUACAAGCAGCCCGGAGCUCGGUUGCCACCUUUUCAACCGAAACAAAGCCAACCUGGAGAUAUAUCAGGAAGAGACUUGAAGAAACAAACCCUGAACAAUUGCACACAAUCGAUUCUGCACUCUUUGUAGUUUGCCUAGAUCACGAAGCGCCUCAUUCAGACCUGGAAAGAGUCCAAUUUGCAUCUCAUGGAACAACACGCACUGACGAAAGAGGAAUUCAGGUUGGAACAUGCAUUAACAGGCUUUACGAUAAGCUCUGCUUUGUUGUUACGCCCAACUCAGUUGCGGCAUGUAUAUACCCGGCGGCUAUUAUGGAUGGAACUGCUGUUUUGCGCCUACUAAGUGAUAUUUAUACUGACUCCAUUCUUAGACUUGCAAGGAAAAUAAACGGAAACCACUACACACUCUGGGGAAACACAAAUACGGUUCCAAUUAACGAGAAAAUCAGUAAGCCUAGGCAGCAGAAGGUGAUAUUCAAAUUACCAAACGAUCUACGUACUGCAAUUCAUUUGGCCGAGACAAGACUCACCGAUAUCAUCAACCAGCAUGAGUACGUGUUCCGUUCGAUUACCACUUUUGGAAAGCAGUAUAUAAAGGAAAGAAUGCAGCUUCCAGCAGACUCGGUAGUCCAGGUUGCAAUUCAAUUGGCGCAUUUUGCACUAUACGGACAUCCAGUUUCAACUCUUGAGCCAGUUACAACCAGAAAAUUCAGAGAUGCAAGGACUGAGCCGGUUGCAACCCAAUCUGAAGCACUUCUUGAGCUUUGCCGGACAUUUAUCACCGGAAAAAGCAACGAGGUCAAGUGGACUCUUUUCUUGAAAGCUGUGAAGGAACACAGAGACAAGGUUAGAGGUGCAUCUGACGGAAAAGGCUUUGAGCGGCAUUUAUCGGCCCUGAGGGCAGCUUUUAUCAACUUUGAUUUGCUCAACAAGUUGCAUCCGGACUUGCCACACAUCGAUGGGUCGAGGAUUCCUGUAUUUUUGUUUGACGCAGAGGUUGACAAGCUUUAUGGUCCGGAAAUGCUUGCAGCAAACUGUGGAAAUUCUGCUUUACACAUGUUCGGAAUUACUCCAUCCAUCAGUACUGGCUUUGGAAUAGGAUACAUCAUCAAGGAUGCAUCAAUCAGCUUUGUUGCCUCUUCCCAAUGGAGACAGACCGAUCGGCUUUUGGACACGUUGGUUGGAGUUCUUCUGGAGCUCAAGAACAUUUGGAAGUCGGUGGUAAAAAAGACUAAUGAUACAUCAUUAAUCAACAAGGUGAGUGGCAGUGCGAAAAUCCGCUCUCAGCAAUUGCAAGACUACCUUGAGUCAAUUCCUAUGAAGAUGGUUGCAUCGAAUCAGUCGACUGCUCAAGACACAAACAGAGUAUUCAAUGGGGAAAAAAUUGCAGAUACUCAGAUUUUGGGUGGCUACGAUUAUUUUGAUGUAGAUUCGAUGGUGGAGCACUCACAGCUUCAAACGGAGAUGCAGUCUGGAGCAAGUAGCAGUAUGAUAACGAGAAGCAACUCAGAAUUAGACCUAGCAAGUGCGAUUGGAAGAAAGUUGGUGAUAGCUACUGAUGAAUAA